AUGCACUCACAGGCUCAAGCCAACGGCCCCAGUCACAACAUCACGUUCGAGAGCUCGCCGCCGCCCAUCGAGUGGCACCUGUGUAAAGCGGGACAGACGGAUCAGUUUGACCUCAUGACCCUUCACCCCAUCGAGAUCGCCCGACAACUCACGCUGCUGGAGUCCGACUUCUACAGGGCGGUUCAGCCGUCAGAGCUGGUGGGCAGCGUUUGGACUAAAGAAGACAAAGAGAUCAACUCCCUGAACCUGCUGCGAAUGAUCCGCCACACCACCAACCUCACGCUGUGGUUCGAGAAGUGCAUCGUAGAAAUGGAGAACGUGGAGGAGCGCGUGUCCAUCAUAUCGCGCAUCAUCGAGAUCCUGCAGGUCUUUCAGGAGCUCAAUAACUUCAAUGGCGUUCUGGAGGUGGUGAGCGCCAUGAACUCAUCGCCCAUCUACAGACUCGACCACACCUUCGAGCAAAUCCCGAGCAGACAGAGGAAGAUUCUGGAGGAAGCUCAUGAACUCAGUGAAGAUCAUUAUAAGAAAUAUCUGGCUAAACUCAGGUCCAUCAACCCCCCCUGUGUGCCCUUCUUUGGGAUUUAUUUAACGAACAUUCUGAAAACUGAGGAGGGAAAUCCAGACUUCCUGAAGAGACACGGCAAAGAGCUGAUCAACUUCAGCAAACGGCGGAAAGUGGCGGAAAUAACCGGAGAAAUCCAGCAGUACCAGAACCAGCCGUACUGCUUACGUGUGGAAAACGACAUACGGAAGUUCUUUGAGAACCUGAACCCGAUGGAGGACAUGACGGAGAAGGAGUUCGCCGACUAUCUGUUCAACAAAUCUCUGGAGAUCGAGCCGCGUAACGCUCGCACGCUGCCUCGAUUCCCGAAGAAAUACAGCUGUCCUCUGAAGUCUCCGGGGGUUCGCCCGUCCACCGUCCGCCCGGGAACCAUGCGGCACCCGACGCCGCUGCAGACCGAGCCCCGGAAGAUCAGCUACAGCCGCUGCAGAACGAGCCCCGGAAGAUCAGCUACAGCCGCAUCCCAGACAGCGAGACGGAGAGCAGCAUCGCUUCAGCGCCCAACUCUCCCCGCACUCCACUGACACCUCCACCAGCCUCCACCGCAUCCAGCUCCACCGAGAUCUGCAGCGUUCUCUCACACA